UAAACAAACUAAAUUAAAUAAAAAACUAUUUUAAAUGCUAAAAAAUUCAUCAAAAAAAUGUCAACAAAAAGAAAUAUAGGAAGAAAUCGUUCAAAUAAAACUCCAUCGCCUGGACUAUGGUAUAUGAAAGAUUUCAAAUCUGAUUCUAAAUCAAAUCCGAAAAUCGCAUCACCCUUCGAUUUAUCAAAUUCGAUGGCUGAGUUCUUAGAAAAAGAAAAAAUGUGCCAAGGUGAGACUGUCGAAAUAACCGACACAGAUAUCAGUAGCUUAAUACAAGAAAUCAAUCGUCUAGCAGCUGAAAGUCCUGGACUUAAAGCUGAUAUUGACCAAAUUGGAGGUGGUAAUCGAACUAUUGAGGAUAUUAUUCGCGAAGCUGAAAAAUUAUCUGAAACAAGUUCAAAAGCAUUCGAACAGUUAUCGUCUUCAAGAUCUACAUCAUCGUUACGAAGUCGAAGUACGCCUAGAUCACCUAGAUCGACAAAAUCAACCCCACGAACACCCAAAUCACAAGAAAUUAUCACUCAAAAAUCAUCCUCAAAAGAUGAGUAUGAUGAUACUUUUAAUGAUUCUGUAAGUAAAAGUACAUCUGAGAAUGUUGAGCUUAAACCGGUCGAAGAAAAGUUAGAUUUAAAUCGAAUGUUUGUAAUGACCAAUGAUUCAACCGAUACGACAGACGAAAAAAUUGAUUUACCUGAAACGGACGUUAAAAAUAGCCAAAAUGUGAAUAAUAUUAAUGAAAUAGUUUCGGUGAGUGUUGAUAAAAGUGAAAUUGAUAUUUUACGGGAAGAAGUACAGCAGAAAAAUAUACUUUUGAAUGAAUAUGAAAAAGAUAAUCGCCGACUACGGGAGGAAAUUAAAACAACAAAGGAGGAAUUGGAAGUAACCAAAACAAAAUUAUCCAGCGAAUCAUUACGUUCGACAUCCAAAUCAAAAUUACCAAUCGAUAAAUCAUUACAAUCUGAACUCGAUAGAGCACUUGAAAAUCUAAAAGAUCUCCAAGAACACAAUACAGCAUUACAGCUCCAAUUGGACAGCUUAAAUAAUUCCCAUCAAGUUUUAAAACAAUGCAACGAAGAACUUUCAACAACCAAUAAAACAUUAGAACGUAAACUAAUCGAAAACGAAGCAUUGAUCAAUCGCUUAAAAAACGAACUUAAAACGUUGCAAGAUAAACAUGCGAUUCUGAUUGAAAGUGAACGUGCACUUAAAAAAACCAUCGAAAAUGAAAAACAACAGAAUAAAAUCUUAAAGCAACAAAAUGAUAAAGAUAGUAAGUGUAUACAAGACUUGCAACGGCAAGUCAAAGAAAUGGAACGUAUUAUCACUCGAAAACAUCCCGAUUCAGUUUCUGCAUUAAUCUUAGCCGCAAACUCCACAAAUAUUGAUUCAAAUCUAAACGCACGAAAAAUUUUGGAAGAUCGUAUCAAACAAUUAGAACAAGAAGCACAAGAACGUGAUGUACAUCAAACGAAAAUUUUCACUGACGUACAAGAGAAGUUUAACGAGAUGAAACGUAAAUAUGAGAGUCAUAUUGAUGAUCUUGAAAAACAUGUUCUUGAUUUGAAAUCCCAAUUAAAUAAGAACAUCGAAUUUUGUGAUAUGGAAACUCAAACUUAUUUGGAUACAAAUUCAAAUCGAAAAGAAGUCCAUUUUGUUGAAGUUGCUGUCCAAACUCUUAUGAAUAAAAUACCACAAUUAGCAAAUAAAAAUACGAAAUAUCGUUCAACCGGGUCUAUUAUUAAAGAAGACACACAUUUAUUGGCGACAAUCCGUGGUCUUAAUGCAGAUAUUCUUGCGAAAGAUCGCUUGCUCACGAAAUUACAAAAGGAUAUGGAGGAAUUACGUAAAACUAAUCGUCGAUUACAAAAAGAACGUGAAGGUUCUUUGAAAGCUAAUUAUAAUCCCACGGAAUAUCAAUUUGAUAAUUUAACAACAAAUCAACAAGAUUUAGAUAAUUUAAACAUACAAAUGGACACUGUGCGGGAUGAACGAGAGAAAUUAAAGAUACAAUUAAGUCGUUUAGAAGAAGAUUAUCAAUUAUUAAAAUUAAAACGUUUACAGGAUUUAAAUACAUUACAAGAGGCUCAUGAACAAGAGCUUACAAAUUAUAUGGGUAAAAUGGCACCAUUACGUGAACAAUUAGAAGUACAACAAGUAACAAUAAAAAAAUUACAACAACAAUUGUCCACGGCACGUGAACAAAUUGCUGUGUUAACAGUGGAACGUGAUCAUUUAGAACAACGUUUAAAAACAUUACGUCAUUCAUCAUCAUCUUCAUCCAACUCACCGCAUGAUAAUAUUGAAUUCGAUGUAAAUAAUUCAGCUGCGAGUGGUUUAAUAACAACACGAAGUGAAUAUGAUGUUUUACGUCGAAAGAUUGCAUUAUUGGAACAACGUUACGAAGAACGUGAAUUACGUUUACGUGCAAUUGUGCAAGGUUUAGCACAAAAACAACAAUCUGCACAAAGUGCGCGCGAUUGUGAACAAUGUCAAAUACGUCAACAACAAUUAUGUAGUUAUAAAGCAGAAUUGGAUCAGGUAUUGUCCACAUUACGGAAUCAUACAAAUUUAUGAUUAUUAUCGGAACAUUUUAAAAUUGCAUCAUCAUCUUCAUGUACUACUAAUACUGCCACUUCCUCCUCUUCAUCAUACAAAUCUUCUCCAUUAUCCACUUUGUCACGUCAUCCUAAUUUACUUUUAUCUUUAACUUCGCCAAGACCUUCUUCAU